CCUUCCGAAAUCCCAAAAACACGUGUUUGUGUCUCUGGGCUACUUCUGUCUUGUAUUCUCUCUCUCUCUCUCUCUCUCUCUGCAACUAUAUCGUACAGGGGAAGAGGAUGAGAGAAUCGUCUUCUUCUCUCUGCGGGGUUCUUACAUGAGCAGGGAAUUAUAAUAAGAAAGAUCCCAGUCUCAAAUUUGCUCUUUUAUCUUUAAGAAUCUUCAGAAAAAAGAGUGAGGGAAAAAUGGUGAUAUUGAUGGGGUUAAGCCUGCAGUCCUUGAUAGAUUUGUUGGUAGCUGGGAUUUCUCUGAUGAUUGGGUUGGGAAUUUUUGCUUUCAUCGCUUCCAUUCUUUGUUCUGCUGCUUUCUUGCACCAUGUCAAAGUUGUCUCUUAAUUUCAAAUUUCAAAGCUCAGGUGUGAAAAGUGGUGAAACAGUUGCAAGUUUGAAAGUGCAGUCAGUAUGUUGUUUCUCUGGGAAAAAGCUCCAUUGCAGCAGUAGUCUUUAUGUAUCUGGGUUGAGAAUGUAGGAAGUCUCCUGUAUUCAAAAAUAAAAGCUUCUGUAACGAAUAGUACCAUUGUUGAAUGUUGAGAUCAGAGGUAAUUAUCUCAUAAUAAAUUGGUAUUUCUGCUAGUUUAUCCCUGCUUUCUAGAGUAGACCAUGCCUCGGAUUCCAUCAGGAUCAGCCACAAAGCCAAGGGGGCGAUUAAACCCAACACCCUUGACUCAAGAGUACAAAGCAAUGUUACAGAUUCCCUUCUCCAAUAAGUCCUCAAUUAACCGUUCCAUGGCAGCUCUGCCAAGCCCAAUUCCCUGGAACGAAGGGUCCACCAACCGCGUCCCAUAUUAUAGCAUUGAAAAGUAAUGGGUUUGUCCUCAGCUCUUUGAUCCAGUGGUCAAGGAGCUAGGACGUAGAUAUCUUGGGUUCAUACUCGAAUUUCAUGUCUUUUUUAAUAGCUUAUGCCCAUCUUAUGUGAAAAAAAAAAAAAGGUUUCUGGGUCUUCUUGUACUCAAACGCAAAGCAUGGAUUCCGUGUGUUCCAGUGCUAGCUUGAUCUUUUCUGGGUCACGCCUGGGGAAUCCUACAGCCACGAAGACAGAGUUGAGGUGGUCGAGAUUGAGGUUGGAGAUGGUACGGCUAGAAAUGGCAUGGAAUUGGAUUGAGACGGUUUUUUCUCAUUUUGAUUCAAUUUUAUAUAUG